AUAUUUUUAUAAUUUCAGUCAGAUGACAAUUUUUUUACUUUGGACAAACUAAUGGCCAAUACAACAUACAACAUCUCGGUAAUGGCAGUUUAUUCCAAUAACAGAUAUUCUGUCAUCGCACAACAGCAACAAUUCAAAACUUUGCGUCGCUCUUACACUCCUGGCAAUGUGACUGAAAUAAAAAUAACACAUUUCACUGAAGAUAAAUUGAAUAAAAAGCAUUUAACAGCAACAUUGACAUGGAAACCAGCUGCAGAUAUGACAUGUCAUUACAAUAUUAUUUGUUUUUCACCAGAAAGUGAAGAUUAUGAAUUGCAACCAUUGGAAAUACGAAAUCCACGUCAACUGUAUAAACAUCAAUUAGAAAAUUUAACCUUUUCAUCGGUGUAUAAAGUGGGCAUUAGGGCUAGCAAUACAAAGAAUACGAGAGAAAGUGAAUUGUUUUGGAAAACAUUUACGGUACCAUCAUGUGUUGAAUGGCAUAAUUAUAAUUUUAAUAUUUGUGCUCCUGAAGCUCCUCAAAAUUUGCAAUUAGAACAAAUGGCUUUGGAUAAAAAUAUCUAUUCAUUAAACAUAAGUUGGCUUAUACCCAACCACUUGCCCGACAAUUAUUCGCUUCGUAUACAGGAUUUAUCAGAACAAGGAAAUAUAACAGUAUAUGAAUUACCUAAGGAUGUUCAUAAUUUCUACAUACCACAAAUAACUUUCUAUGGUGUAUUUUAUGAAGUGAGCCUUACAGCAUACACCAGGGGUGGACAUACAACAACAUCUUUAACAGAUAUAAUAAAAACUGUAGUUCAUAUUCCGGAGAAAAAUCCUAUUGUAAAACUGAUUGCAGUCAUAUUAGCACCCAUAUUUUGUGUUGCCAUUUUGUCUCUAACAAUAUUCAUUAUUUACCAUCGUAGAGCUAAACUGAAACGCUAUCAGAAGAGAUGUAAAUAUUUUGAGGAACUGGAAAAGAAAGCACCCAUCGAUCCCAAAGAUACUUUUGAUUUCGUUACACAUCUCAAGGGAAAUGCCGAUGAUUUGACAUAUGAAAACAAAGUACAAGAAAGUUUGCUUUAUGAUGAUGACAUGGAAAUUAAUCGUAACGAUUUGAUACUGUAUCAAGUGCUGGGUGAAGGCGCCUUUGGUUUGGUAAAACUUGGUCUAUAUAAAGAUAAAAAAUUGGGCACCACGCAAGAGGUGGCUGUUAAAAUGUUAAAAGAUCAUCCCUCUGCUGAUGACAUAUACGCUUUUCGUCGUGAGAUAGAAGUUAUGAAAUCUGUUGAAAAGCAUCCCAAUAUUGUUGGUAUAAUUGGUCAUUGUACACGUUUUAGCAGUGAAAUGAUGUUAGUCACUGAGUACUGUAGUUUUGGGAACCUGUUGAAUUUUUUAAGAGACGAAUGGCAUUUUUUGCAUGAAUUACAAAUAAAAAGACAACAUUUAGGAGCAACAAUUUCUUAUAUUGAAUUAAAUCAAGGUGAUAGCAGUAGUCAGGAUUCAUCAGCACAAUUGCACUCACGAAGCAGUAGCAAUAGUUUGAACGAGUCGUUUGAGACAGAUCAAAUCAAAUAUCAGCCACAUGACGAGGACAAGGAAAAGUUAAUGGAACUUAAAAGUAAAGAUAAGAAUGCUGAUGCCAUAGAACAUUUUAAAACAAAAUACAAUGAAAUAAAUGUCACCUCCUCAUCAAACACUAAUGGAACAAAUAACCACAACGACAUUAAUUUACAGAAAUUAAACUCUCAACAUAUUGAAGAUUUAAAUGAAACCACCUCCAAACCAAAUAUUUUAUCUCCUGCAGCAGAAAAUAAAUCAUAUGGUUACCAUGGUUUUUGUACAAAUUCCUGUAAAUGUAAUGUUGGAAUUAUUAAAAAUAUUAAUGCCACUGAUAUCGUUAAAGAUAAUGAAGUAUUAGAACGUAUACUUAAGCAACAACAGCAACAGGAACAACCUGUAAAUACAAUCAGCAGUGACACAACAAUUGAAAUUAAAAAUUGUGAUUGCAAAAUGAAAGAACAGAAGCAAAACGCAUUAAAUAAAUUAAAUAUCGCAAUUGAAAAUAAAUCAUAUUUUUCAAUUUUUUCCUCGGAGUCACGUAAAAAUCCCGAUAAAACAAAAGUUCCUGGCAAACUGAGCAAAACGAGAAAAUCUCAUGUUACUGAAAAGGAUGUUUUCGUAUCAAGUCACUGCAAUCGAGUGCCACUAUCUUGUGGAGAUUUACUUAAUAUUGCUCGACAAGUGGCUGUUGGUAUGGACUUUUUGGCCAAAAAUAAAGUAGUGCAUCGUGAUUUAGCAGCUCGAAAUGUUUUAGUGGCUCCAGAUAGAACUGUCAAAAUUGCCGAUUUUGGCUUGAGUCGUGAUGUCUAUCAGGAAAACAUGUACAAAAAAACUGGCAAUGGAAAAUUACCAAUUAAAUGGUUGGCUCUCGAAUCAAUGACACAUCAAGUCUACACCACCCAAAGUGAUGUUUGGUCUUAUGGCAUUUUGUUAUAUGAAAUUAUAACACUGGGCGCAACACCUUAUCCUUCAAUAUCAACAAGUCGCUUAUUGCAUUUACUGAAAAGUGGUUAUCGCAUGGAGAAACCGAAAGGUUGUGGCCAAGAAUUUUAUGAUUUAAUGUAUUCCUGUUGGCAUGCCGAACCUGCAAAGAGACCAACAUUUAAUGGUAUUAUACAAAACUUGAUGAAAUGUUAACAUCCUUAAAUGACACCAAGGAUGCACCAACAAUUUAUUCUGAAGUGAAUAAAGAUUUGAGUAAGAAACAAGAGAGCAUACAAAACGUAGCUAGUGAUGAAUCGUAUUUAAAACCUCUGUAAAUAAAGUCAAUUAAAAAGUUUUUAAAUAAUUAUUAUAAGAAAAAUAUUUGUAAGGAACAAACGAAAACCGUUAAAGAAAUUGUUAAACGAAUUUUUAAAUUUUCUAAAUGUUUUCUAUUUAAGAUAUAAGACAAUUAAUUUUAAUAUGUUUUCUUAUUAUUAAGUGUUAAAUGUAUACAGAGACCUAUGGUUAUUUAUAGGAAUAUUUAUUCAUUAUUCUAUAGAUGUAUUUAUUUUAUAUUAUUAUUAAUAUUAUUAUGUAUGUACAUAUUUAUUUAGGCAUAUAAGAACAACGAAAGUUUUUAAAAACUAUUGAUAAUAAUUGUGUUUUCUUUUAAUUACAAAAUAUUUUUUAAAUAAUUAUUAAAUUUUACAUAUGAAUGUCAUGAAAGAGAAAUAUUUGAAAAUAACAUAAAACUAUUAUGCAACAAUUGAACAAUUGCACUAACAAGUGCAAUAGCAAAUUACUCUUAAGCCUUUUAUGGGUAUUGUAUUUGUGCAAUGUUGCAUGUUAUUUAUAAUUAUAUAUUUUUCAUUAUUUCAUAUAUAAAUAUUUGUUUCUACUUAUGUUGGUUACGUUUAGCAAAGAAUAAGACUUAUAAGAUUUGAAAUCAUAUUUUUAUAAUAAAUAAAACAAAAAAACCAUUUAAUAGCA